AUGACAGACACAUAUGCCACAAAGGGUCUACCCGACCCGCCCUCUAUCUCCGUCAAGACAAUCCCUAUGGCAGGUUUGCUCGUCGACGUCUACGGCCUCGACGAACUGCCUCCCAACGUCCCAGUCUCAUGUCUCUGGCUCCUCCACCCUCGAACCAGAACACGAGCAAGAAUGCACGACAUUGCAAAGCGCACCAUCUCUGCGUGGACAUCGCAAGCUGGACAAAACCCCAAACGAGGCCUCGUCGCGCUAUCCUUUGACAUGCCCAAUCAUGGAACUAGACUUGUCAGCGAGGCAGCGAACCACGCCUGGGAUAAAGGCAACUCUACGCAUGCUAUUGAUAUGUUUGGCAUGGUGAAAGGUGGCGUGGCUGAUAUGAGUGGUCUCAUGGAUCUUGUUUCGGGCUAUUUGGGCCGUGAAAUUGACGCUCAUGUUUGUUUGGGUUGGAGUUUGGGUGGUCAUAGUGCCUGGCAGGCAUUCUUUGGAGAGAAAAGGAUUGAUGCGGCUGUAGUGGUCAUCGGAUGCCCUGAUUUUACAAGCCUUAUGAGUGAUCGUGCUGCGCAAGCGAAUCUUGACUGCGGCGCCGAUUUCAUCGGAAGCAAGUAUUUCCCAAAGGACCUUGUCGGAACCUGCAGCUCUCACGAUCCCAAGACGUUACUUUUCGGUACUUCACCUAUUCCUUCUGGAGCUCUAUCAAGCACCGAGCAGGUUCGUCUCAGAACCAUAUUGGACGAGCGCAUCAGAGGCAAGAAGUUGCUUCUCUGUUCAGGAGGGGCUGAUGCUCUGGUUCCGUAUGCGAAUGCCAAGUCGUUUGUUACGAUGCUGAAAGAGGCAGUGGGCGAGAAGGGCUGGUAUCGUGAUGGGGGCGUGGAGUUAGAUGAUAGAGUGUAUGAGGGUGUUGGUCAUAAGUUUAGUGCUGAUAUGGUGGAGGAUGCUGUUCGGUUCCUAGUAAAUGCUGUUGAGAAGGGACCACGAGGGAAGAGUCAGGUACGAGAAGGGGAGAAAAGCGUUCUAUAA